AUGUCCCGUAAAACAGUUGUAAUAUCCUUUGCGAUCCUCGCGUUAUUCAGUAUUCGCUCACAGGCCGAUCGACAAGAGCAAGUAAUAGAUUAUGUAACCAAUAUCACCCACAAUCUUCAGAUCCAACAUUCUGGAGUAUUUAAUUGCUGGCUACUACAGUUUUCCAACAAAUCUGUACUAUCACCGAUGCUGAACGACACCGCACAACGCCUGAGUAAUCUACAUGUAAGUCUGUUACUAGCGAACCAUUGGGGUCAGCAUGUUCCUACAUUCCGAGAGCCCAACAUGGUCAUAACCAUGGUCAACUGUGGGGAAACCAACAGCAAACAUUUGACAACUUCUACAUGUUACAGUUCAAACGAAGAGCAAAUUAAAGUCAACUUGCUCGUUUGGUGGUUGACUAUGAACCAAUUUAUUACAAAAGAAGGCAUUGGCUACUAUGGCUAGGAAGCGAAAUUCUGCUGAGGCAAAACCACUGUUUGGUAGUCAUAGCCUACUACACUACACAUUUACACACUUCUACAUAUUUUAAAUUAAAGAUCUGUCAGAUUUAAUCGAACUGAACAGCCAACAAUUUAAUAGCCAGCUAAAUCACGUCAAAUAAAAAGCAUUACCAUACCCUUGAUGACCGCAACAGCUUUUCUAACUUACGAUGCUGUCAGUUUAAAUCACAGCAUCAAGCUGGCUGCGUACGUACGCAGCCAUCGUGGGGUGAUGUUCAGUUGAAGGUGCAGUUUAAAAAAUAUGAAAAGAAUUCAAUCAGAACAAAGUAGGCUUUUUAUAAAAUUGAUUAAAUCGCAUCAUAUCUGUAAUUGUAAAAAUAGCUUAAAAUUAAACUUUAUUAGUUUACCAAAUCAUUUAGCAUCAAGGCUUAUAAAAAACGAGCAAUUGAGUCUAGUACGGCUAUAUUAAGCUUACAGCAUUAUAUAGGUGUCAUUACGACAAUUCUUGUGGCAAGGUUAAACCAUCGUACUGUUCGUAAGUUAAUCCUUCUACGCUAUAUUCCAGUUUAUUUCGUUCGUUCCAUUUCAUUUACUUGAUGUCUUAAACAGUUUAAUGAAUAAUUAUUGCACGUGAUAACACCUCUGGUCACCAAUAAUUAGACAAUCAUUAUUAAAUUGCUACUGAAACCCAACUAUAAACGGAAUAAUUACUAGACAAUUUGAAACAAAAUCGUUAAGCAAAUUAUGGUUUCAAGUUUAGUGUGCUUGAAAGCGGCCUUCGUUGAACAUGUUCCGCAAGAUUGUUCGAAUAUCCUUUGCGAUCCACGCUUUACUCAGUAUUCGUGCACAGGCCGAUCGACAAGAGCAAAGUUUAGAUUAUCUAACCAAUAUCACCCACAAUCUUCAGAUCCAACAUGCUGAAGUGUUUAAUUGCUGGCUACUACAGUUUUCCAACAAAUCUGUACUAUCAACGAUGCUGAACGACAUCGCACAGCGCCUGAAUAAUCAAGAUGUCAGUCUGUUGCAAGCGGACCAUCGGGGUCAGCAUGUUCCUACAUUCCGAGAGCCCAACUUGGUCAUAAUACUGUGGGGAAACCAACAGCAAACAUUUAACAACUUCUACACCAGCCAGUGGAUAGUGAACAUACCGCCCGAAUGUCCUACCAUUGUCCUGUUUGAACAUGAUGAAACUGGGACUGAUCAGCCAAGGAAAAUUGGAGAGUAUUUCCAAACGAGAUUGGUGUUCUACUUCAUAUUGAUCGCAAUCAACGAGGACGCCGUGUUCUGCUUUCGUUAUCAACCGUUACGCAUCACGAGUCACUCCGGCCUCCCCACGCUCGAUCAACUGUUCUUCGACCGGCUACAGACGAUGCAGUUCAAAAGUUUAGUGGCCGGAUACGUUAAGGAUUACUACACAUCCAUUUACUGUGAAAAGCUGCACGGUGAGGACACAAUGCUGUUUCUUCUCUUUGCUGAAACGCAACAACUAACACUUCAUUUGCAACAGCUUCGAUGCAACAGCAAUGAAUCUCUGGCCCAGUGUGUAUCGCGGUAUAAUCCGAUACAUUUGAUGCUAAAUCGAUAUUUUAUGGUGCAGUACGACAAAUUCGCCGUAAGUGGUGUAGCCAUGGAACAGUUCGCUAUUGCCACACCGAAGGGACGCUUGCUUACUGUGUGGGAAAUUAUGCUCAAACCAUUCCAGCAGUCUGCCUGGGGCAUGAUACUGGGCAUCCUUGUAACCUAUCAGAUAAUCCAUCAACUGAAGCCGACACUUUUCUCCAACAAUCUGCUAGCUUUGGCACUCUUUGGGUUUGAUAAGCGACAGCUAGUCCUUUCCAAAAGCAUCGAGAAAAUAACCGCUUGUGCAUUGAUCGUGCUAUUUUUCCAACUCAAGUGUGCGUACGAGGCAAAGCUUGUAUCGUACAUCACCGAAGCGCCACGUGUCCCAGACGCUAAGUCAGUUGAAGACUUGCGCGAACGCAACAUCACUGUACAUUAUAGAAGUUUCAAUAUUACGUUAGUGCAUAAACUACACGGUAUGGUCAAGUUCUACGGCAAAGAUCAAUUCGAAUUCGAUGGAAUAACGAUUGUGGAAAAUCGUGCUGCUCUGAUUACGGAAAAACUAUUUGCCGAUAACAUGGACGGCUACGGAACGCAAUACACACUACUGAGCGAGAAUGUGUACGAGGCUAUUCCGUUUUACGUAUUUGGCGCCAAGUCCCUGCUGGUAAGGCGCUUUCAUAACUUUCAACAGCGCGUCUUCGAAGCCGGUAUGCAGCAGCGCUGGCGUCGGGAAUAUUAUAAUUGCUUUCUAUGGUACAUCAUUCGAGAUCGACUUAAGUACACAUAUCAUUCCGAACGUACAUACGAUGGAUCAUCUAUUAUCAUUAGCUACAACCAUCUCAAGCCACUGUUGCUGUUUUUCUUCGUUCAAUGGACCUUGGAGGUAAUGGUUUUUGGGAUCGAAAUAUUGGUGGGAAUAUUUAAACGAUCGCAAUACAUUGAUGUCAUAUAACGUGUGUCGAUAAAAUUCUUCAAUCGUUACUGCAAUUUUGUUUUAAAUGUUAUAAAUUAAAUCUCGUGAACAGGACAGACAUGCUUUUUGGUGUGUUAUUCCCCGAUCGUCAUCAUGCCAUGAUCGUAAGCCUUGUAAAUGUACAUUUUUGGGUCCAUUUUGGCUAAGACUAGAAACCAUGUGAUUGUAAGCGAUGUUAUCACAAGUAAUCGAGAUGCCUCGAGGCAACGGUUUUUUUUUACAGACUGUGGAUUAAGUACGCAGGGAUGAAAAUGUAUUGAAAUUAUCUAGAACCUAAUUGUGCUGUGCUUAAGGCCAAAUCAAUCUACGAACAUAUAGUCCAAAUCAA